UUAUCCUGUUGGCACCAAACGCCCAAGUGUAAAUCAUGCAGCGAGAAACUUUGGGCUUUCCGAAGCUACUCUUCGAUGUGCAAUCAAGAAAGGUGGCCCUCCAAAUCAUCAAGGUCCACCUACAAUUCUUACAGAACAUGAGGAAAACCAACUUGUUGGAUAUUGCAUGAACAUGCAACAGCUUGGAUUUGGUUUAACUAAGUCUGAAGGUGUUUACACAAUUCCCGGUUUGCUACAAGGUGCACCUCCUGGAGUAGUAAUGGGUUUUACAGAUACUGGAUAUAUGCGUGAGGACCUUUUUCAAAUGUACCUUAGCUAUUUCACUAAUUCGAUCCCUCCAAUUCGACUGGUUUUACUAAUGCUUGAUGGUCAUAAGAGCCAUAUCAGCUAUAUGUGCAUCGAUUUUUGUCGCCAAAAUGGAAUACUUCUUUAUGCACUUCCACCACACAUGACUCAUAUUUUACAACCAUCCGAAAUUCCUUUUGCAAAAUUGAAAAAGGAAUUUGGGAAACAAUGUAAUAAAUAUCACAAUACUACUAGCAAAGUAGUAACAAAAUACAUCUUCGCAAAACUUUUUGGACCAGCUUUCAUUGAGACUUAUGCACCAUCUGCUAUUUGUAAUGCUUUUAAAGCUACAGGAAUAUGGCCAUUUAACCCCAAGGCCAUUAGUCCCGAUCAUUUAAACCUCUCACUAGCAACAGAACGAUUCGAUAUUGUACCUUCUCCUAGCCAGCUUUUAAAACCGGUUACAUCUUUUCUACAAUCAACUACUAAACUAAAUCAUUCUCAUUAUACUCACAUAAAUUUUACCCAGUUAAUGUCAGAAAAUAAGAUGCUUAAAAAUGAAAUUGAAUUACUAAAAGUUCAACUUACAGUAACCCAAGAGGAAUUAGGAACCUAUAAAAGUCCCAGAACAAGUUCUUUAUGUUCGGUUUUCAAGUACAUCCCUCAUGUUCUGCAAGCUGGACCUUCGGAUACUUCCUUAGUGAACCAACAAGAGCCUGGUCUCUUCUCUAAAAAAAGAAAGACACUUCCAUUUGCACAACUUCUUACUAACGACGAAAGUUGGCGGAAGUUGAAAGAGACAAAUAAAGAAGCAGAAAGGAAAGUUGAAGAGGCGAAAUGGAAAAAAGUAUUGGCAGCCCAGAAAAAAUCGAACGACAGCAAAAAUUAG